AUGUGCACCAGCAGCAGUAGACCCAGGCCCAGGCCCAGACCCAGGCCCAGGAGUAGCUGCUUUGGAGCCAGCUUACUAACCGCUCUGACGCUGAUGCUCGUCGCUUGUCUCGCUGCCGGACAUGCAGAUGAAUUGAAAGCCAGUCCAUCCAUCGAGCACGCACCAGCAGUCGGCAGCCCAUCACUCGGCACAGACAAUACCAAUGGCAGCCUGGAGCAGCUCAUCGAGUUGAAGCUGAACGAGUCGGCCAGCAGGGCAGCGCAGUCGGAUGAGCUGCUAUCUAGGAAACGGCGCUAUUUGGUAUUUCCGGAGGGCAGCUCCUUUCAGAUGGUGUACGAUGAGAUUGUGGGUGUUGUGGAUCACACCAACUAUCUGAUUCUCGGCAUUACGGUGGCCCUGGCCUGGGAGCUGCCAAGCAAGCCGCCCAGCGAGGAGCUGGACGAUCUGCUGACCAAACUGGAGGACGGCACCAUAGAUAUCAGUCGCAACGACACCGUGUCCAACAUAACCUAUGUGGACGAUGCUGCGGAAGCCACCACCAAGGCAACGUACUACAAGCCCAACUACAUCCACUUGGGCUCCGGUUCUGGCUCUGGCUCUGCAGCUGGCAGCAAUUCCUACUACAGCUCUAACCCUGUGUUCCGUACGCCCAUGCAUCCGUCACAUCAGUAUGCGGACAGCUAUUACAGCCGCCCCAAGGGUGGCAGGCGAAAGGACAAUCACUACUACUACAGCAGGCCCGCGGCUAGUGCCAGCAAUCCCUUCUCCAAGUGGUCAAGACCCUACACACCGGCGCACAACUCACGUUAUCCCUACUGGGCUUUGUCCUCGCGCCUCAAGGAUCGCUAUUAUGGGCAGACUAGCUACAGGCAGGCACCUCAGGCACAGAGACGUCAGGACCCGCCAACAACAACGACGACCACUAGCCGACCCACCCGCAAGCCGGCACCACGUCAUCAUCACAUAUAUCCGGUGUUUGGCAAGCGCAGCCUGCCGGAUGCAGCCAAUCCGCAUCAACGUCAGCGGCGCAGUGGAGUGGCAAGCCAGCAUGAGGCCGGCAUUAGCCGGCUGGAGCAGCUGCAGAUCAGGCAUCAUCGCAGCAGUCGACAGGCGCUGUACGAGCGCAUCGAAAAGUAUUUGGAUAAACGCGGCCAUCCUGGCUAUCAUUGUGUGCUGCGCACCCUUUGCGAGACGGGCCAGAAGACGAAGCAGGAGCAGGAGCCUGGCACCUUUGUGGGCGAACUGAUGCGCGCGGUCUUCACCAUACCCGAGGCCUUGGACAACGAGCCCGUUGCCUAUCGCGACACGCACUAUGACAAGGCGCAUGCCUCUGGCGGUGACUGUGCGGCACUCUAUCCCGAGUGCAAGCAGUCCAUGUGGCAGGCCCAUUUCAUACAAUAA